UUAUUUGCUUAGGAUAUAUUGCCGCUGCUUUGCCUUGAUCGAUUCAGAUCAAACAGUACGCUUUUCCGAGAGUCGUUUUUGCAAACGAUAACCGAUUCAAUGAGCAACCCAAGCUGCCAAUCCUCGGAGCUAGAUGCUCGUCGUGAUGAACCAGCGGCGUUGAAGUUAAAGCUAAUAGCCAUAGCCUCAAUUCUCCUCGCCGGUGUAGCCGGCGUCGCAAUUCCACUCAUCGGCAAGUACCGUAAUUUCUUUCGUACAGACGGUAGCCUCUUCGUAGCCGCCAAGGCCUUCGCGGCCGGCGUGAUCCUAGCCACCGGCUUCGUCCACAUGCUCGCCGGUGGCACCGAAGCUCUCACGGAUCCUUGCUUGCCAAAAUACCCAUGGUCUAAAUUCCCAUUCCCGGGCUUCUUCGCCAUGAUCGCCUCUUUGGCCACUUCGCUUUUUGAUUUUGUGGGGACCCAAUUCUAUGAGAGGAAACAAGGUAUCGCUAGAGCAAGUACUGGAGAACAGGGUCGGGUCGGGUCGUUGUUUCCGGAUUCAGACCUCGGGAUUGGACUAGUUGUGGAUAACAAUGAUGGGGUAGGGAAGGUUUUUGGGAAAGAGGAAGGUGGGUGCAUGCACAUCGUCGGGAUGCAUGCGCAUGCAGCACACCAUAGGCAUAGUCAUCCACAUGGACAAGAUGUAUGUGAUGGAUUACUAAGGACUCGACCACAUGAUCAUGAUGAUGGACAUGGUCAUGGGCAUGAUGACGAUGAUAGUGGCGUGAGGCAUGUUGUAGUUUCCCAGAUUUUGGAGCUUGGAAUUGUUUCACACUCGGUCAUAAUCGGCCUAUCACUCGGUGUUUCCCAGAGUCCAUGCACAAUAAGGCCUUUAAUCACGGCGUUAUCAUUUCAUCAGUUCUUCGAAGGAUUUGCCCUUGGAGGCUGCAUCUCCCAGGCGCAAUUCAAAACCCUCUCAGCCACAAUCAUGGCAUGUUUUUUUGCCAUAACAACCCCGGCCGGAAUCAGCAUCGGGACCGGCAUCUCUUCGUUUUACAAUCCAUACAGCCCGGCAGCUCUGGUUGCUGAAGGCAUCUUAGACUCUUUAUCGGCUAGGAUUCUAGUUUACAUGGCAUUAGUAGAUCUAAUUGAAGCAGAUUUUCUGAGUAAGAGGAUGAGCUGCAAUUUUAGACUUCAAGUAGCGUCUUACUUCAUGCUCUUCCUAGGAGCUGGUUUAAUGGCUUCCCUUGCCAUCUGGGCCUAAAAGAAAAUUUAGGACAGAGAAGACUGUUGUUUUAUUAGUUCUUUUAUAAGU